GCAGCGGUAGAUGUGUCGAGCAUUGUCUGCAGGUUUGCGUUUGUUCGAACACUUGAGAUUUGAGAGUAGCAAUUGUAAGCAGUAUGUCUGGGACAUUUUCGCAGUUGUGAAUGGCGUUACCCUACGCCCUUCCGAUCGUCGAUGGCACCACUAUGUAGGUCUGGAGGGUGCAGCGCGAUGCCGUUCACAGUGGUGAAGCUUUGUGUCGUAGGAGGCCUCGUCUAUGAUGAUAAAACUUAGGCUUGUUUCUCAAACAUUCGCAGUGGCCGCCCUAGAGUUCUCGCCUCGCCGGGCUUGAGAAUUGAUGCGGCUUUUUCCUUCCUUGGAUGUCUGAGACGAGGUCUGUAUUUAGAAGUGUAGUUUAGAGAAUCCACAAGUGAAAUGCGCGGGAUGAUUUACAUCAAUCGGAUUCCCUCAGAUGCUUCGGCAGCUGCUUGAGAAAAUAUGUACAAUCUGAUGCGUUUCACGAAGUGGCGAAGUGC